AUGAGCGCACUACGCGCCAUGGUCCCAAGAGCACCCCUUUCUGCAGCCCUCCCUUCCGGAAGCCCGGUGCCCCCAAAGCAAGAUCCGUGGUACGCGCCGACGGACGGGUGGCAAGCGGCCAGUCCCGGCCAGGUGCUGCGCGUACGCGUGGCUCAGGGUCAACUGGGCUUGACCUUGGACGGGCUCGCGGCGGCUUACAACAUUCUCUACCGCACGACCGACAGCAACGCGCAGCCUUCUUGGGCUGUCACCACGCUCCUGAUCCCGGGAAAUGCAAGCACGGAGUCGAGAUCUUUGCUCUCGUACCAGAUACCAUACGACUCGGCAGAUCUCGAUGCUGGCCCCAGCUAUACGCUCUCCCAAUUCGCGCCUGCUGGUAAGACGCCCCUGAACUGUGUCUCCGAGAUCGAGGGUGCUCUUGCCGCUGGGUAUUAUGUUACCGUGCCAGACUAUGAGGGACCACUCGCUUCGUUCACCGCGGGAGUCAUAUCUGGACAAGCCACGCUAGACGCAGUGCGCGCAUCCGUCAAGUCGGAUCUCGGCCUGCCCGGCAUCCCGGAAGCCAAGUAUGCUCUAUGGGGCUACUCCGGCGGCGCGCUCGCGAGCGAAUGGGCAGCCGAGCUCCAGGUCACGUACGCGCCCGAGCUCGGCUUCAGCGGCGCUGCCCUGGGCGGCCUGACGCCGGACACCUUCAGCGUGUUCAACACGGUGACGAGCACGUACAGCGCCGGGCUGAUCCCGCCGGGCAUCGUGGGUCUGGUGUCGCAGUUCCCGGAGGCCGAGGCCUUUCUGCUCGGCCGGCUCAAGACGGCCGGCAAGUACAACCGGGACAAGUUCCUGUCGGUGCUGAACCUGACGCUGCAGGAGUCGGCGCCGCAGUUCGCCUUCGAGAACAUCUACGACUACUUCGUGGGCGGGGAGGCCAACUUCGAGAACCCGCUCGUGGCGGCCGUCCUGGACAGCAACGGCCGGAUGGGCCGCCACGGCGUCCCGCGCAUGCCGCUCUUCGUCUACAAGGCCAUCCGCGACGAGGUCAGCCCCGUCGCCGACACGGACGCCCUGGUUGAGGGGUACUGUGCCGCGGGCGCCACCAUCGCGUACGACCGGAACACGCUCACCACGCACAAGGACGAGCAGGACGCCGAGUCGGCCGGCGCGUUCGCCUUCCUGCAGAGCGUGCUGUCGGGGACUUAUGUGCCGCCCGAGGGGGGCUGCGUCGUCCGGAACGUGUCGAUCGCGAACCCGAACAAGCCCCCGGGCGCAACAGCUUUGGCGUACAGAUGA